CAGCUCAUUACAGACCACCAGGCGCACCGGCAGCCCCCGUCUCUGCUGACUCAGUGCCUUACCAGCAUUCCCUUCACCCUGAGAUACAGCAUCCAGCAACCGACGCACACUCCUCCGGCCAACCCGCCCCGGCACCACCACUACCACCGUACAGAGAUGGCUAAGACCGCAAUCGCGUACAAAGAGAAGAUGAAGGAGAUCUCAGUCCUCUCGCUCAUCUGCUCCUGUCUGUACCCCGAGACUCGCAAAAACAUCAUGGGGGACUUUGAAGACAUGGACAUCAAACCCAUUAACAAGCGAGCCUCAGGCCAGGCCUUUGAGGUCAUCCUGAAGCCGUCCUCCCCUGUGUCUGACGCUGCCCACUGCGUCACCAGCCCCCCAAAGAGGGACCUCUCCCUGGAGGACAUCCAGAAGAAACUGGAGGCAGCUGAGGAUCGGAGGAGAUCCCACGAGGCGCAGGUACUUCGGGCCCUGGCUGAGAAGCGGGACCACGAGCGCAUCGUGCUCAUGAAGGCCAUGGAGGAGAACAGCAACUUCAGCCGCAUGGCCGAGGAGAAGCUCCAGAUGAAGAUGGAGCAAAAUGAGGAGAACCGGAUGGCUUACCUGGCCUCCAUGAUGGAGCGCCUGCAGGAGAGGGAGAGGCAUGCUCAGGAGGUGCGCAGGAACAAGGAGCUGAGAGAAGAAGUGACAGCGUGAGAAGCCCCAGCAAGGUUCCACGUCCCACCCCUCAGACCCCCAGCCACCACCCCCGACCCCUGCGGAACACCCCUCUCCCCACCUCUUUCCCACAUGUCCCCACCUUUUCCACCCCCCUGCCAUACUCCCCCAUACUACUAUGAAACUACCACAGCCUGAGACGCCACCCCGAGACAGUGGGAGGUUCAAAUGGGGUUGGGGGUGGACAAAAAAAAACAAAAAACAAAAACAAAAGCAAAAAUGAUUUUAAAAAAAAAAGAAAGAUUAAUGUCUCCCGCCCACUCUUCCCAAGAAAAAAGAAAGAAAAAAAAGAAUGUUUUUGCUUCGUUUCAAAUGAGAAGAAGAGAAAAAAAAAAAUCCAAUUGACAAGCGACAGUGGGUAUUGGUUUUUUGUAAAUACUUCUUUUUUUGUUAUAUACAGUACGAUACAAGCAGCAAAAGUAUUGAUUGCAGUGUGCCAUUUUUUUUUCUAUAUAAGUUCCCUCACCUUGCAUAUAUAUGGAUGUAAUGAUUUAGUUCAUUUUCAUGUUUGUUCAUUUCAGCCUGGGAAUCGUCCCGGGCAUAGGUGUUUGUCGUGAGUUUGCCAGCUAGCUGAUAUCGUGCUGCGACGGGCUGCGUCCUCACAAGGCCCCGCAUCCUGCCCCCCCCCGCUUUCCCCCCUCGUCGCUCGCUUGACCCCGCAGAUCUGGAAGCCAAAAUUGGAUCUGCGUCCGGUCGGGGUGAUUUUCCAUCCAGUUCUUUUUUCGUUGCCAGUGUUCCAAUUACCGAGGGAUGUGCGCAGGACAAGUUGGCAGAAAGGGAAGAAGGGGGGGGGCCGUUUUGCCUUUUUCUGUGGGGACCGCAAGCCGUCGCAUUGCACAGCCACUCCUGCGAGGUAGAUGGUGACUGUGCCGCAGGAGAACACUAUAGCAUUUAAUGAGCCCAUCCUUGUCCUCCUCCCCUCUGUCUGCAACCUCUCCAUCUCCACAUACAUACAUACAUACAUACUGUAGAAGCACUCGCUCAACACGCUCUCUCCACAUGGGCAGGCAUUAAGCCAGUCAUAGCGCGGAGCUCGGCGGGAGCUCGCUAGAUUCUGUCCAUCUGGCGCCGGAAAAAAAAAAAAAAAGGCUCACAUUAACAUCCCUGACCAAUGGUGGGCCUCUCGCGCUCUUCAGAAACAAGCUUCCGAUCACAUUUUACGAUCACGUUUUACAAUAAUGACACGACACGACUGAGAUUAAACAGCUCCGCCUGAGAUCAGCCUGUGAGUCUCACGCCGGAGAAAAGUCCCACCUUUGUUAACCCUUUUUCAUAGAGGCUAGAGUAGUGCUCGAUGUCAUCAGCGCCUACCGGAAUCAUUACACUUCACUCCACUACGAAGGCUGGCACGGGAAAGAUAUUGAAGCCAUAACAGGUUGUCGCUGCAACAAUGAUCCAUGAACACAGUAUUGCCAUCUGUAAAAGGUGUAUAUGAGUGUAUUAAAGUAUCCAAAUAGUUUGUAACCAGGGGUCUGAGAUUGAACCCUGUCGCUCGCACACAGACACACAAACACACACGCGCCAGGGCCCCGUAGAUGUGUGUGAGUGU